AUGAACACGUUUCGCAGCGGGUUUGCAGUUGGCCAUGCAUGCGUUCAAGAUCUCCUUGCCAUUCUCACAGACAUCAGAGUAGCUUGGAGCUCCGCCGCGAUCAAGGGACAGUUCGUGGUGAGUUUAGCUUUUCGUUCCAAGCUCUUGGUCGUUAAAACCACGGGCUAUGAAUCGCGGUUGUGGCUACCCAGCGCAGCUGAAUCUGUUGACAUUGUGAAAUACAAAGCAAGGCCUCAAACUUCAACCAUGGGCCGAGUUUUUGGUCAAGACAACCGCGUGUCUUUGCGAAGCGGUCCAGAGGGUGGAACGGUCCGGACGGGUCUAGCGAUGCGCAUCUCUUGUCUGGCUUCGAAUUUGGCGCCGUUUGUUGGAUGGUCGCUUCCGUCGGGAUCGCGUCAAGCCUUUCGAGCGUAUGGCUUCUCUUCGUCAGAAGUCGAAUCGUCUCAGCUGUCAAAGACCGUAGACAUGGAUAUGCAUUCAGUAUUUUCGAGUAAAUACAGUAAUUCACGAACCUCGAGGUCUCUUGGCUCUGCCUUGAAACUAAGGUGA